GUGUGUGUGUGGUGGUGGAUGUGGCAACAGUGUGCGGGAGGUGUGAGUCAGCUGGGCGUAAACACUGCCGCUGCUGCACCAUGGCCGACCCCAAGUAUGCUGGCCUCCCUGGCAUUGUGUAUGACCAACCAGAUGUAUACGAGACAUGUGAACUGCCCGAGAGCGAGCAAGAUUAUACAUUGAACGAGUGUGGAGACAGCAGUGGUGCCGUGGAAACGCUCCAUAUAUCUGCUAAUGAUGCACAUUCUCAUUUUAAGGGCAAGAUAUUGGAUGCAUCUCAUGUUGAUUUCUCCGAUCGAAUUUCUUGCUCCCGUCGUCGUGGUUAUGAUGCAAGGCGUGUAGAGUGGGAAAUUGGAGGAGAGGGAGAAGAGGAGACAGUAACCCAAAAAUACCAACGUUUGCAAUGUGAAGUCAACCAACUCGUAGAGGAAAUACAAGCUAUCAAGGGCUCCGUACCAUGUGGAGAUGGUUCAGUUUCGUCAGUGGAGCUAGGCAAGCAGGUGGAAGCUCUCCAUCAUACUCUGGUUGAUCUUAAACUGGAGGACACUCUGGGUGCUGAUGUAGUUGCAUCCAUCUCCCAACCUCAGUUAACUCUUCAGAAAAAGCUAAUUAAUCUGCUGGAGAGCUUUAAACAAACAGGUUUAGUAUCUGAGAAGAACAGAAGUAAUGUGAAACAAGAAGGAACAGUAUCCGGGGAUGGUAGUAGCAGUAGUGCCAUUACUUACGAGCUAUACUAUGCACCCGAACAUGCACGACUAAAUCAGCUUGCCAAUGCGGCUAUGCUGGAGAAGAGAAUAGACCAGCUUGAAACUUUAAUUGGGAACAACCCCGAUAAGCUUUCGAGUCUCUCAGCUUGGACAAACCAUAAGUCAGUGGUGGGAGCUGUGCAGGUUUUGAGUGCACGAUUAGCCCUCCUGGAGCCUGCACAUUUGGAUCAUGUGGAAGGUAGAUUGCAUGCUGUGCAUACCCGUAUGAAUUCCAUAUCGGAGAAGAAGGCAGCGAUUGAGGAUGCAGACAAACAAAGCAAGGUAUCGGAGCUUUAUGAAUUGGUUAAAAAAACAGAAGCUCUCUGCUCUGCUCUUCCCGAAGUUGUAAAUCGCUUGGUAUCUCUUGAGGCUCUGCAUGAACAAGCUAUGCAGUUUAGUGGAUCACUGAAGCAACUAGAUGUCGCGCAGACUCGCCUUGGCGCAGCUCUACAUUCCAAUGCAGACUUACUAGCUAGUGUGCAAGAGAAAUUUUCUCAGAACCUUGAAAUCAUUCAUAACAAUGUUGCCAAUCUUGAUGCUCGUGUACAGGCACUCCAGAAAAAGUAAUUGGUAAGAUUAUUAUUCCUUAGCAAAAUUCUCAAUGGAUGUUAUUAUUAUGAGUGUUUAAUCUGGAGUAGGAUUGUAAAUUGCCUUUUCCUGCUUUUGGAAAGAUAGGUAUAUCAAGACGUAAUAAUACAGAAAUUGCUUGUGAGUGGAAAUAACAAUAUGGGUCACUUCAGUCAAAUAGAAAACUUUCUAACUUUUGAUAGUUUUUGUCAUUAUCUUUAAAGAAGCAAAUUGUGCUGAUGCAGCAUGACAAAUAUGAACUUAAUUGGAAAUAUGUUUCUAAGCAGUUUACAUGCACUGUAUAAGCUCACUUAUCCUAAUUAUAUGGGAACGAUCCCUUGGUCCUAAGCCAGACAUGUGGAUAAGCAGAAUUCUUACCGGGGAAGUUCAAAAGUUAACAUAUUCUCAAUUUUUUCUAUCACAACCAACAUAAUUUGAAUUGCCACACAGACUAUAAUUAUAAAAUACUCAAGUAAAGUACAGUAAUUUAUUUUAAACAGAAACUCAAGCUUACCUUGUUGUAGUUUGUCUUCUUGAGUGAUGCUACAAAUCUUUAAGUUAAGAAUUGUUGAAAAUUUACGUAACCUAACCUAAAACAACAUUAAAAUUAAUACUUAAAAUUACUGUAGAGUACAUGAGGUUGUCAAGGUUAAUUUUGACUGGCAGCUGCUGAAGUCUCACUAGUUGAAGGCUCUUGGCUGGCUUGUGAUGCUUCAGUGGUUGCAGGGCCUUUGGUUGCUGUUCUUACCAAAUAUGAAUCAAGUUUACCUUGCCUUCUGUGUACAUUGGCCUCUCUUAUGAUCAGCUCUGGUUCGUUUCAGGUACUGAUUCAUGUUUCCAACUUCUGGAUUAGCACAGUUGGACGAAAAAUUAAUUACCAUGUCAACAGAAGAAAUGAGUGAAUUUUGUUGUCUGUGGUGUUGGUUCCUCAUUGUUAUCUUCCUUCUCCUCUUCAUCCACUUCACCAUUAACACACUAGAGAAUCUCUUCUUCGCUCAUCAUACCAUAUCCUGGGCAGUUUGUAUCUCAAGCCAUUGUCACAUCCUCUCUCUUUCACCAGCAUUUCUGAAAAACUGCCGGAUAACCCAAAGAUUCAGUUAAGCGAGCUUAUACAGUACUUAAAAUAAAAAAUAUGAAAUAGGAAAGUUUAUGUAAUGCAGUAAAGAAAUGUUUCAGUUCUGGGUUUUUUCCUGUCAUAAAAAUAAACUGAAAUGUAUGCAUAUGCCUAAGUUUGUAUCUAUGGUUGUACAUAAACAUUUGUUUAUUUUAUAUUUUUUAUAUUUUGCUUUGCCUUAUUGGAUAAAAACAGAUUUUGAUACACCUGAAAUAUUGUCAAGUUAGAUGAAGUAUUGCAGGAAAUUUGAUACUUGGUAUCCAUGUUUUGCUGACAACACACGGAGAUAGAAAAAUAGGGGUGAAGUGUGUAAUGUACCUGAGAUAAGGUACAUGAUGAACAAAUUUAAGAAUGUAUGCAGUACAAGUGCCUGAGGAGGGACCUCUUUAAAGAAGGGCAGAUCUGAGAGGAAGGAGUAAGAAAUGUGGAGAUAUUGUACAUGAAAGUUGUGAUGGCACUGCCAAAAAUUAGGUUGGGGUAAAUACCUCAUAAUGGCUUAGACUUAAAAGAGAAAGGUUGAUUCAUUAGUAGAAAGUGUUGCAAAAAUUUGGUACAGGGAGAUAGAAAGAUGGAAAGGUGACCAGCAUUUUGAUAAAGGGAAGUAAAGGGUUAUAAGAAGAACCAGGUUCCAGCCGAAAAUAAGGGGAGUUCAAAGACGUUUAGAUAAGGGUGCGGCAAGGCUUCUCCGUAGUUCUCUCUCCUUCCUACGGCAAUUUUGUUGGGAGAGAAAUGUUUCAUAAAAAUACACUUUAUUUAUAUGAUGCUAAAAAUUCUUACUAUAUUGUAGGUUGGUUGUAUGUGGAAAGUAAGAGUUGCUGGUAUUGAGAUUAAUUAUUGCACACACAGUGGAAUAGUGUGUUCCUAAGCAAUGUUGUUGUGCAUACAGGUAGUACGUGGUGUAUAGCAGGUGUAGAGAACCUGCCGCCUAUAGCCCUCGUCCACAUCAUUUUGCUUUCAAAUUAUUUUGGGUAUAAAUACAGUAUAACCAUAUAACUUUUACGAUAAUUUCCUUAAUUCCCAUGAGACUUUGUAAAAUACAUUGCGCAGACGGAAGUUCUUACACACCAUAUUUGCUUCAGGUGACAUUAAACAAAUCUCGGUAUAAGGGCCAGAUUCCACUCAUGAUGCAGGGCAGUGGUUCCCCGUGCCUGCUGUAAGGAUUUUACAUACUUAAUAUAAUAUUCCUAUCCUGUAUAAUUUAUUAGCUACUGUAUUGUCAAGAUAUGAUGCACUCUGUGGCUAUCAAUUCUGU